AUGGCAAGUGUGAGAAGUACAUUCAUCACAAUUAGCUUGGUGGCUACAAUAGCAAUGGCGGUCCUUUUCAAUUUAUCCAUGGCUGCCAGUUAUACAGUUGGAGGUCCCAACGGUGGGUGGGAUGCUGCCACUGACCUUCAAACUUGGGCUACUUCUAAAACAUUCCAAGUUGGGGAUAACUUAAUUUUCCAGUACGCGCCAAGCCAUGACGUGGUGGAAGUUCCACAGACAGACUACACCUCCUGCCAGGCGACCACCCCGAUCCAAUCUUACACCGGCGGUGCCACCGUUGUCCCUCUCACAUCCUCCGGCGAUAGAUACUUCAUCUGCGGGACGCCGGGACACUGCAGCGGAGGAAUGAAGCUCCAAGUUAACGUCCUCGCAACUUCCCCUGCCCCUGCUGCCGCCACGCCAGAGGAAUCCCCUGCAUCCUCUCCGCCGGCGUCGGAGGACUCCCCUCUCCUCCCCCCUGCUUCUUCCUCCCCGUCUGAUCUCCCGUUCCCCACCGCCGAUUCGCCGGCGGAAUCUCCAGAAAUGUCGCCUCUGGGAUCUUCGAUCCCGGUCUUCGGAAGCUCCCCUGCAUAUUCCCCUGCAUCGGUCUCUUUCCCCACUGGGACCUCUGCUCUGACUCCGCCGGUUGCCACAUCGUCGGCGGGCAGAAAUGGGUUCUGGGUUGGUGGGGUUUCCGCCGGAUUCUGCUCCCUGGCUAUGAUUGCAAUGCUUCUGUAGGCUUGAUUUUCAUGCUUUUCUUUCCUCCCUGCGGGAUGAUUUAUGUGCAUUCUUUUGAGACCUGAUGGCGUUUUGAUUCCCUAAAUUGAUCGCUUUGAUUUGUAGUGUUGAUUGUGUUUGUUGAAUCUAUCCCAGUUUGUUACCCUUUCUUUUGGUUUUCGCAUUCCUUUUACCUCCU